AAUGCUCCUGCUCGAACACAGUCACCUGAGAGAGGGAGAGAGAAAUAAGCAAUCAUGUCCAGUGGAGAUAAGUCCAAGACCUCUUCCCAGACCGACGGUAAGGCCGCUCAGAGCAAGAAGUCUGAGAUGGGAAUGAUGGCCUACAAGAUGUACGUGUUCGACCAGGAGAACUUCCAGGGUCGCAUGAUCGAGAUCAGCAACGAGUGCAUGAAUGUGUGUGAGAUGGGCAUGGACCGCGUCCGCUCCCUGCGCGUUGAGUGCGGACCCUUCGUGGGCUUUGAGCAGAUGAACUUCUGCGGUGAGAUGUACAUCCUGGAGAAGGGAGAGUAUCCUCGCUGGGACUCCUGGAGCAACUGCCAGAAGAACGAUUACCUGCUGUCCUUCAGGCCCGUCAGAAUGGAUCCCGAGAAGCACAAGAUCUGCCUGUACGAGGUCGGAGAGUUCAAGGGCCGCAAGAUGGAGAUCAUGGACGAUGACGUUCCUAGCCUGUUCUCCUACGGCUUCACCGACAGAGUGGGCAGCAUCAUUGUCAGCUGUGGAACCUGGGUGGGAUACCAGUUCCCUGGAUACCGUGGUAGCCAGUACCUGCUGGAGAAGGGCGACUUCAGGCACUUCAACGAGUAUGGCGCCCGCCACCCUCAGUUCCAGUCUGUGAGGCGUAUCCGUGACAUGCAGUGGCACCAACAGGGCUGCUACACCAUGGCCAGCAAGUGA